CCCUAAAUCUCAGAGCCCGAUGAGACACCCAUGGCAGCGUCUGCUUCUUCUCCGAUCUCACCUCCGUUCUUCGCCUCACGUCCUCUCCCACUCUCAGGUAAUCUCCCAAUCCAAUCUCCAUUCAUUUUCACACUUCCACACUCACACUCUCCACCCAAAGCUUCCAACUUUGCCCCCCACUUUCGAUUUCUCACCAAACCCUAGACUACCCAUUUCGCGAAGCCUCUCGUCCGAACCAGAAGUCGAAUCUAAAGACCCAGAUCACAGUGUUGUUGCUGAGAUUUUCUCUAGGCCUAGGGAUGAAGCUGAUGUUAGGAAAGACUUGGAAUUGAACAGUGUGGAGUUUGGCCAUGAUUAUGUUUUGAGUGUAUUGAAGAGUGUAGAAUCGAGCCCUGAUGUUGCGAGGAGGUUUUUCGAUUGGGUUUUGUUGUAUGAAGGGAAGGGAUUGAGCUCGAAGUCGUAUAAUCAGAUGCUGUGUGUUUUGGGUGUUAACGGGAAUGUGGAGGAGUUCUGGGAGAUGGUUGAUGUUAUGAAGAAGAAGAAAGGGUACGGCGUGUCGAGAUGGGUUUACAAUAGGGUUUUAGAGAAGUUUGAGAAGGAUGGGUUGGGGAGUGAUGCUGAGAAAUUGAGAGGGAUAUUUGCAUUGGGGUCUGUUGGUGGUUCGGCGAGGAGGGUGUCUAAGAUUGUUAGGAAUGAGGUGUGGAGUGAUGAUACUGAGAAGCAAUUACAGGGUUCGGGUGUUGCAUUUUGUGCUGAUCUGGUUAAAAUGGUGAUAGAGGAACUUAGAGCUGAGCCGACAAAGGCACUGAUCUUUUUCCGGUGGGUGGAGGAGGCUGGGUUGUUUAAGCAUGAUCAAGAGACCUAUAAUGCCGUGGCUAGGGUAUUGGCGAGGAAAGAGUGUCAGGAUAGGUUUUGGAAAGUAGUUGAUGACAUGAGGAGCAAUGGGUAUGAACUGGAGUCGGAGACAUAUGAUAAGGGUUUCACGGGGUUUUUGAAGAAACGACCGCUGAUUGAGGAUGCUGUGGGCCUAUAUGAGAUUGCAAUGGCUGGUACAAGCAAGCCUUCUAGUGAACUUUGUACGUACCUGUUGAAGAAGAUAGUAGUUGGGAAGGAGCUGGACAUGGGUCUAUUUUCUAGGGUUGUGAGAAUCUAUACAGAGAGUGGGAAUGCAUUGACGAAUUCAAUGCUCGAUGCAGUCCACAAGUCUUUGAUAAGUGUUGAUAGAUCUGGAGUGUGCAAUAAGGUUAUCAAAGUGAUGGUGGAAGGUGGGCUUGUGGUUAGUGGUAGUUUACUGAGUAAGAUUGCAUUCAAGCUUGGUACUGCUGGUAAAGAGGAUGAGGCAAAUGACUUCAUUAAUAUUGUGCUAGAGGUUGGCACUGAUCCCAGUUACAAGGCAUGGUCUUCCUUGAUUGAGGGAUGUUGCCUAGGAGGUCAUCUUGAGAAGGCCUCAGAUUGUUUCCAAAAGAUGCUUCAAAGGGAGGGGGUUGCCUCUGUGGCUUCCGGUUGUUUUGAAUUUGUAGUCGACACAUAUUGCAAAAAGGGCAAGGCAACGGAUGCAUGCAAGUUUCUUUCUGAUUGGGUCAGUAAAAGGCAGCUGAAGCCAUGGCAGACUACAUACAAACUAUUAAUCAGCAAAUUAUUAUCUCAGGGUGAAUUUAGAGAUGCUCUGCAUAUUUUGGGUCUGAUGAAAAAUGAUGGAUAUCCUCCUUUUAUUGAUCCAUUUAUCAAGCAUGUAUCAAAGUAUGGAACUGGUGAUGAUGCUAUAGCUUUUUUGAAGACAAUGGCUUCAAAGGAAUUUCCAUCUACCAUUGUGUUUCUCCGGGUAUUUGAAGCCUAUUUUAAGGCUGGAAGGCGUAGCGAAGCACAAGAUUUCCUUUCAACGUGCCCAGGCUAUAUCCGUAAUCAUGCUGAUGUAUUGAAUCUAUUCUGUCCUGAUAAAUCUGGAGAAGGUGCUGCUCCCAAUGUUGUUGCUGCUUAGGCUUUGUAAGAUUGAUUUUGUAAUGUUUUGCACAAGCUUGAUGCACCAUAUUUUCACAUGUUCUAAAGUUCGAUUUGAGUACCACCUUUGCUGUUUGAAUGUUACUAAUGAUUAUGGAGUCCAAUCAAGCUUGAUUUUGUAAUGUAUUGAAUCUAUUCUGUCCUGAUAAAUCUGGAGAAGGUGCUGCUCCCAAUGUUGUUGCUG